AUGCCAAGCUGGUUUUCUCCGACAAUCUUUCACUUCCAGAGAUCAGGUCAUACGAAACGAACAUUGAGUGCCUCGAGGUUCAACGAGAAUUUUGGCACUCUCUCGCACGAUCGUGGCCCCGUUGGAUCUCAAGAGUUUGUUGGAGACGAUUUACGUUUCUACGGUCGCCUACACGAACGACAAGUGGUCUACUUCGUUCAUUCUGGCACGCCAACGAUCACGGGCGCUAGAAACUACGAGACACCUGACACCAUGAUACAAACAAACGAUUCGGAUGGUGUGAAUCAUCCAAUGACCGAUUGA